AUGGCGGAUGUUCUUGGCUCGGCGAAUGUGGGGCAGCCCAUUCCGGCCAACCUUACCAAUGGGUACCCUAUCCAUGGUACGUCAAGCAAGGCCCGAAUCCAUCAUUGCCGGGUAAUGAGUUACCGAGCAAGAUGUUCAGAUCGAUGGGAGUCUACCAACCGCAAGCGGGCAAACUCGGCCACCGAAACAGAACCAAGCCCGGAGUGCGAAGAAGCGGGAUCGGGAACAAACCUUCACCCGGUCUCUUCAAUGCGGGGCAUGGAUCCAGAUUCGAUGGGUUGGAAAUAUCUCCUCCACCACCAGUGGACCAUCCACGACGUUCGAAGAGAGCCACGAGACCACCAACGUGGACUAAAGAUUAUGUAUGUGCCUCGCUUAAUGGACCAGAAUCUGAGUCAAUUCAUGCACAAACCAAAAGAAUCUCACAUGAAUGCCGCUUUGAAGGUCGUCAAGUAUUUGAAGGGAUGUCCAGGACUCGAAAUACUUUUAUCUAGAAAAUCCAAUGUGGAAAUGACAGCAUAUUACGAUGCGGACUAUGCGAUGUGUCCUAUGAGUCGAAGAUCCAUAAUUGGCUUAUGUAUUAAGCUUGGAGAUUCUCUUAUCUCAUGGAAAACCAAGAAGCAAGCAACAGUUUCUCUAUCGUCAGUUGAGGCAGAGUAUUGGGCCAUGGCAAAAACCACGUGUGAAGUUGUGUGGAUACGAGGUUUGCUCAGUGACCUUGGAGUACGAUUGAAAGGUCCAACAAGGUUAUACUGCGACAACAAAUCGGCCCUGAAGCUUGCAAUGAAUCCUAUCCAACUUGUACGAGGCGCAAGGGAUGAGCUCGACAGUCUUAAGGACACUGUCAAGACCAUCCGAGCUGUACUUUUGGAUGCUGAGAAGCAGCAAUGGCACAACCACCAGGUCAAGCUCUGGCUCGAGAGACUCAGGGACGUGCUGUACGACGUAUAUGAAUUGCUCGACGAUGUCGCAACCGAAGAUCUGAGGCAGAAGGUCAUGCCCGGCAACAAGAUGUCGAAAGUGAGACUUCUUCGUGAGACUCUAGGCAAGGAGAAAUAUUUGCUUGUUUUGGAUGACAUGUGGAAUGAAGAUCGGCUCAAAUGGUUGGCGCUUGGAGAUUGGCUAAAGGGUGGAAAAUGGGGAAGCAAGAUACUUGUAACCACUCGCAGUCACACGGUUGCAAAGGUCACAAAUGAAAACUCAGCUAUCUAUGAUCUAGAAGGCCUAACUACAGACAAGUCUUGGGAUCUAUUUAGGGAAGUGGCGUUUGGAGAAAGGCAAGCAUCGGUAGACCAGAGAUUGGAGGAGAUGGGAAGAGAUAUAGUUAGAAAAUGCGCCGGGGUUCCCCUUGCCAUUAGAACUAUAGGAAGCCUUCUGUACGGCAGAAAGGAAGAUCAGUGGAACCGUUAUAGAGUGAAGGAGCUUCCAGAAAUACCAGAAAUUGAUGCGGUUGAUAAUGGAAUUAUGCAAGUCCUCAAGUUUAGUUACGAUCAUCUCCCAUCAUGCUUGAAACAUUGUUUUGCAUAUUGCUCAUUGUUUCCAAAAGAUCAUAUCUACAAGAAGGAGACGAUGAUGCCUCUUUGGGUGGCACAAGGCUUUAUCGAGUCAUGCAAUGGGAGGACAACCUUGAAGAGGUCGCCGACAAUUACUUGUCAGAACUAAUAUGUAGGUCAUUCCUUGAUGCUGUAAGAAAAGACGACAAUGGCGAGGUCUUGUUGUUCAAGAUGCAUGAUCUCAUGCACGAUCUUGCCCAAAAAGUUGCUGGAGUUGAAUGCAAGAUUGUUAAUUUUAAAGGAGAUAAUGAUGGAAGAAUUCGACAUGUAUCGCUUAUUUCAAAGAUUUUCUCUGAAGAGAAAUUGUUGUCCUUGCUCAAAACAUCCAAAUUGCGAACGUUUCUCUAUUUGAAAGGUGAAUCCUCUAUACUCAACUCUCCCAAAUUUUUCUCCAAGUGUAGACACUGUCGAGCGUUGGGCUUGUGUAAAAUGGAUAUUCCUCUCCCUCCUUCCUCCUUUGGAAAGUUGAAGCAAUUAAGGCUUCUUUAUAUUUUCACAAACCAAUCUGUUGAGAUUUUGCCGGAUUCAAUCACGGAUUUAGUGAACUUGCAAUUCCUUAAACUCUUUAGAUGUGAGAACCUUAAAAUAUUUCCGAGAGAUUUGAGGAAAUUGGUCAAUCUUAGGCACCUCUCCAUUCAAAUGUGUUUCUCACUAAGCCACCUACCACCCCUAAGUGAACUCCCUUCCCUAAGGACAUUGAGUCUCACAGGCUUGCAUGCCCUGAAGUUUAUUCAACAGACAAGUGACCUCGAGCAAUCUAAUAAUAGACGCCCCUUCUUCCCAUCUCUUGAGAGUUUAGUCCUCUUCAACUGCAAGGGCCUGAUAGGAUGGUGGGAAAAAAGGCAAGUAAUGGAAGCAUAUCAAAAGGAUCAGUCAGACAAUCCACAGUCAUCCUUCCCAAAACUUCGAUUCGUGGAAAUAAAGCGGUGUCCUGACUUGAAUUUCGAGCCACCGUUCACCCAGGUGGAAUGCUUGAAGAUAGAUAGCACGAAAAUGUUGGAAAAACAAUUGUUGACUAAUUCAAAAUGCCUAUCAGAACCAGCAAUGGGAUCCACAUUCAUCCGUUUCUCUAAACUAAAGCAUCUAGAUCUUUCUGAUAGGGAUCUGGUGUCAUCGAUACUUGAGACUCUACUUCUAUUGGCCAGUAAUCUUGAGUCCAUGAGACUUCAUGGUUGGAACCAAUGGGGUCUCUCCGGUGCCAUGGAGGACCUUUCCUUGCUCCCCAUUCGGAGAUGUGAAGGACUCGCUUUAUUGUGCCAAGAAGACAACCAAGGCAUCGAAUGGCAAUUCCUUACGAAACUUCGUGUUCUUAAAAUCUCAUGCAUUGAUUGGGUGGCAUUGCCCGAGUGGAUUCGACAUGUCACGACUCUACAAUCUCUUGAGAUUUCAGAAUGUAAGAAACUGAGGAGUUUGCCGGAAUGGAUUGGAAAUUUCUCUUUGCUCAAAAAGCUUGUAUUAUUUAAUUGUCCAAGAUUAGAGCGUUUACCAUCUGAGGUACGCAACCUCACAUGCUUGAAGGAACUGAGAAUCAUUAAUUGUCCCAAUCUAGAAGAGAGUUGCCUAACAGAUGUGCACGUUCCGGUCUUUAUUCCGGAGGGGAUAUGAAUCGGAACGAUCAGCAUAGUAGAGUGUAUAUUGGCAGUGCAAAUAUUUAUCAAAAAAGAAAGCGUCCCUCCCUCUCCAGUCAUCACCACCUUCCUCGUUAUGUCGCACGUCUAGAACAAAGACCACAUUUGCCUCCUCGUCUUGCUGGUACAACCUCCUCACUCAACUUUUCACUAUGAAUGUAUAUUUUUGUUGGAGAUGAGUUUGGAUUAUGGAUCGAUGUUAUGGAGACAUUUGGAUUAUGAUUUGAGUGUUAUGGAGACAUUACAAUGUCAAUGCAUGAUAUGUGCAUCUUCUUUAUAGCUGAUUGAUUGAGAGAAGAGAAGUGAAGAGAACAAUGACAUCCAUUGCGAGGUUCUGUUUGACUUUAGAACUAUGAGGUUCAUAAAAAAUGGAAGAAGAAAGUCAUACCUUAUGAGCUAGCCCUGCUGAGAAAAUUACAAUGCUGUCUAAUAAUGGAUGAUUCUUUAGGGGAUCAGGCAGCUAGUACAAAAGUUUUGCAAUUUAUUAAAACAAAACUGUUAGGACAGAGUUGAACAAUGAUAGAUGACAGGAGGAUUCAAUGUUGUCUUAGCCCUUGACUUCUCCGCAAUUACAGAAAUCUAAAUGUAGAGGAAUCUUUGGUUUGUAAACCUCUCUUUGUCAUCACUUUUAAGUGAGUUUCUGGACUUCUCAGGUAAACAUAACUAUUUUUUAACGAGCUAGGUCCAUAUGAUCUAGUAAGCAUAUAGAAAUCUCAAUGUUCAUAUGAGUGAAACAGACAACUUGGUGAAUCUUGGACAACCUUGAUUGAUGCCAAGGCUUGCAAUAGUUUUAUAAAUCAUUUAAAAUUGGACCCUUUGAAACUAAGGUACUGAGCUUUGUGAGCAGCUAAUUUAACAAUCAUGUGCCUUUGGACAUGAGAAGCUGAAUUGCGAAAAGAUGUGGUUCUGAUGUUACUGAUUAGAGGAAAAACCCUUCUUGCUUUCUUUCUGGAGUCCAUGCGUUGAAAAGUCGUGUUAGGAUGGGGACUUGCCUUUGCAUUGUUUCAUAGGGCGGGGCCAUCCUCUUGAGCAUUACUCGAGAUGUUGCGAUGCAUUAGAAAACUGAACUAGAGCUGCUGUAAAAGUGUGGUGGAGGCCUAGGCUUCUGGUAAGUGCUCAAACAGACGAGAGCCCAGUCUCAUCACAUGCUUUGAGUACUCGAGCAUUUCUCUGCCAGAGAUAUUGCGAUGCAUUAGAAAACUGAACUGGAGCUGGAUUCCUAGAGAAUACAACAAAGGGUGUUGAUAUUUUGUAUCAACUUAGGUGCAAAAGUUUGCUACUGCUACCACUAGAACGCAAAUAAAGUCAACCAUCGAGGAACAACCUUUUUUUUCCACCCAAAAAGAACAAAACGACCACCUCCGAUGUUCCUAUCGGUGAAAAUGAUCGGUCAUUGAGGAUCAUCUUACUGAUUCGUAUCAUUGAUUGAGACUAGAUGCAAGAUUAUAUGCUAUGACUGGUAGUGAAAUUCGGGUGAGAAACUUUGUACAGAUUCAGCGGUAGCAAUUGCCUUCGCUGGCUGAACGAAGUAACCGGGCACUUUCAUUUCAUGAGUGUUCAACAUCUAGUGAAUAACUCAAGUUUCGUACGCUUGCUAGUUUGGCCCUUGAUUUGUUCAAGAAGAUAGAAAAGGCCAUCAAGUAUCAUACACUGAAAACCAUUUACUCUGCAAUUGUAUGAAUUACUGUAAUUUUUUUGCAAACUCUCUUUUAUCAAUUCACUUUGUGAACUUUCUCUUGAGUUUUCCCUUUUCGAAAGGUGAAAAACACGCAACGGAAAGUGAUGAAGCAAAAUAUGCUGUUCCUCUAGUCAGCAGCGACUGAAUUAUGAAGUCCCUUUGGCAAAA